GCUACGGACUCGAGUCAGUCAUCUGCGGAACGCCGCGUGGAACGGGCGGGAAAAUUGAAAAGCAGCGCAGUGUGUGAAAAGUUAUUUUGUGGUCGUAUUUAAAAUUACGCAAAUUCAACGGAAUUAUUGUGUUUUAUGUUAAGGAGGAUUUUUUUGUGAAGGAAAAUCUCUGUGAGGUUGUGAAGUAUAGGUGGAGAAAAAAGAAGAAAAUUAAUGCAUAAAUUGUAAUUUUCCGUGUAAUUUGCUGCUUGACUUAAUAAGAUAAGAGUUCGGAACGCAACACUUGAUGUGCAUGUGCAAUAGCAAUUAUACGAGUGAGGAAUCAUCGCUCUCUUAACUAAAAAUUCCCCCAAAUGGAACUUUUACUUUUAAUAGUGUUCUUCUUAAUUUUUUCACCCACACCCCGUGCUAAUGGGGAAGAUUGUGGUCAAGAUGAGCUUGUGCAGUGUGCGAGACCCCUUCAAGUACUCUCAGCCACAUCUGAAUUAUCUUUUGUGUCAACCAAAGAGGAAUUGGAUAAACUUUGCCCGGACCUCCACGCAGGACUACACUGUAUUAGGAGUUACACAAGGCGCUGCAUGAGCAUUUAUCAGCGGGAUCAUUUCAAUAAAUUGUACCACGGAACCAGCCAAGUGAUACAUGAAUUAUGUGAGGAAGGACCUAAUCAGGAAGAUUUUCUGCGGCAUGCUCCGUGCAUGAGGCACGUGAAGAAACAGUAUGAAAUAUGCUCAAGCACAUAUCAGACGACCAUGUCACGGAUAGGACAGAUCGUCCCGGAGCCGAGUGAGGCAACAGAAACGUCUGGCCAUGCGGAUGGCCACAACCUGACGAGGGUGCACUUCUACGAGAUGGAACGAAUUAAAACUGUCUGUUGCGCCUUCAAGGACUACAUUGACUGCUCGGAAAAUGUGGUACGACUGGCGUGUGGUGAGGAGACGGCCAACUACACAAGGAGAUUCCUCGAUAAAAUGUCCAGUUCACUCAUGACGAUGCACUGCGAGGAUUACGGACCAGAAUCCAAUAAAUGUACCAACAGUGAUGGACUAAAUCGCAGCACAUCAAUCACCCUCUCACCACUCAUUUCACUUUUGUGUGCCAUUGUGAUACUUCAUUAUUGAUUGUUCCAGCAAUAUUACUUUAAUUAAUAUGUAUGUUAUAUACUCUGUGGUCAUCCUCAAAUACAACACUGUGUUUU